AUUUUAAACAGUUUACAUUACUAUUUACAACAAGGUGGACGUAUACAUUGGUUGGUGUUACGGAUCGAGGAACGAUUUGGACCAAUAUGGGUCACGUUUCCAACUUGUGUUUUUUCACACUACUCACUGAUCUCCUUCCUUCCUGUCAUGUAAAGUAAAACUUGUGUCAACACAGGAUAUGAAAUAAUUGAGUGACUUAGUCCAGGUCUGACUUCAGGUCACUGGGUCAGACCGACUACGUACAUCGAUAUCAACGCCACAGACAAGAUACACAAAAGCAGGGCGUCUCGCUCUCUCCUCGGUGCAGUUCUUCUCUAAUCAAAAAGCAGGGGUGGGUAAAAUACUUUGUCAAAAUAAGUACAGGAUGUUGAGCAAGUGAGCUAGGUUCUUCCCAGGGUUUGGAUUUCCGGGACUGUUACACCCACAAAAAGACGAAAAUUUACGUGCAGAAUUCAGAAGUUACACGAAAAUACAUACACGUUUUGUGAAGAAAUUAAGUUUUAUCGCAGUCAAAAAUACAUUGUUUUCACUUUUAAAAAAUGAAGUAUUUUGACCGUGAAAAAGAGUUAAUUUCUGCACAAAACCUGCGUUUUUGUGACUAAUUUAUUCUCCACGUACGUAGAUUCUUGUCUUUUUGUGGGUGUAAACAGCCCCGCAAACCCAAACCCUAGGAAGAACUAGCUCAAAAUAAGUAUGUUUGACAAAGAUUUUGCCCACCUCUGCUAAAUAGUAGCAAGUAUAUCUUUUAAACUAAACAAGAUUUCUGACAGUGGUUGCAACAACGAGGACGAAGCAAUUUCUGAGAAAAAAGUCGCCAAAAAUCCGCACCAGUUUACUCAAAAUCUCCUCUUUUCUGACCCUCUCGGCCGUGAAAAUGCAGCGCCAAAGGAAAAAGGACCUCAACCUCAAGCCCAACCGGGUCUUGGACAAAAGGUCGUCGAGGGGCAUGAUUUAUGAGAAUGAGGAGCUCCGCCUGCGCACCCUCGCCAUCGCCGAUGACGUGGAUCGGGGACACACCGAUAUCAAAAAACUCCGCAGGGAGAACGACCACCUCAAAAGGGAACUUUGGGCCUUGCGGGACGAGUGUGAAAAGUUGGAGGAAAUCUUGAAAAGGGUGAUCAGCAGUGGAAACGUGGACCCCUCUUUGCUCCCAUAUCCAGAGUUGUUUCUUGACUCUGAGGACCCCUCCUUGUACGAUGGAAGCAGUCGAAAGGGCUCCAUAGAAGAAGGCGAAGGUCUUGCCGCUGGCUUUGUCAACUCCAUUUUUUGCACGUCCGGUGAUAACGAGGACACUGGUUCUGUGAUUCACAACGUACAAGGCGAAGACGUUAGUCUGGUCGAGUCACAAAUUAUCGUGGACCCACAGCAGCCAUCUACUUCCUCAUCUUGCACCCCACCACCAAUCCCCAAAUACGUCAUCGGUCCAGAUUUGGAACCCUUAAAGGAAGAGAACGAGGAUCCCAGCAGAUCUCAAAGUUUGGCGACGCUGGCGAACUUGGACGGCUCAACGCACUCACCUCCUCCUCCGAGAAUUGUGCAGUUUGAUAACUUCAAUCUAGACGAAGAUUCCGACGAGCUGCCCGACCCAGAAGAACUGCUUCUUCACCAAGAAGAAAACGAGGACGGGAUUCACACCCCUCUCAUCCAAAUUACGGGCCCCGCAACGCCAUCCACCUCCAGCAAAGGGACCACACCCACUCCGAUGUCCACACCCAGACCCAACAGCACGCAACAGCAGUAUCAGCAGCACGAUACGGAUAAUAAUAUCGCAGAUAUUCAGGACGGUGGCUGUGUGACUUCCAUCCCAGCCAAGUACGAGGUAACAUCCCAAUUCCACGUGACUGGCGGUCGUGACACUGCCUGCUCCUCCCCGUUAUUCGCCUCACCUCGAACUCCAACCCCACCGGGGGGUGCCCGUGCCUCUAAAAAAUUUCGUAAUUCCUCCGGCGCUCUCAUUCUCCGGAAUGGCGAGCACUACCACGUCCACUCCCCACAACACGCCACCGCCACGACCUGUCCAUCCUGCUAUCACAGCGAGCCCAGUCUGGUCGGCAGUCUUGUCGGAGAAAGUUACCCGGUCGACUGGAAUCUGGCGAUGAUGAGACAGCAGCGAGACCGGUCUCGCAUCUCCACCUUGCUCGGUCUCGAAACCAUUCUUGCCGUGGGUGUGGUCAGCGGUGCUGGUGUGACCUCUCCGCUGGAAGGGCAGGAUGUCAUUGACGAGCUGGAGGCGCAAUGGGAUCCCUCUUUGGAAAGGGUGAAAGGGAUCCGGGUGUUAGGCGGGGUCGUCAUCUUUCUCCGGGUGAGGGAUGCCGAGGCGUUGAGCGGACUUGUGGAUGCGUUUGGAGAGGAUAAAGAUGGAUUAAGGGUCAAAGGGGGCAGGGUCAAGUUCCAUCAUGGGUCGGACGGCCCAACGGAACUUCGUCUCAUCGGCCUCGGUCCUGAAGUUCCUGACGAAUCUGUGGUCUCUUUCCUCAACGCGUUUGGCCAGGUCAUCUCCCCCAUCGAGCGGAGGUCCUAUAAGGGCGUCGAAAUAUGGGAACGGACCAUUCGUCUCCAUCUCGUCACUCCUCAUCCGUCUACCCUUUGCAUUUCCGGCUACUCCGUCACUCUCACCGUGGUGCAGGAGGGGAGGAAUUACUGCUUGUUGGACACCAGCCAAACGCCUGUCAAUCCAAAUGUCUCUCUCGCCAACCCUUCUGCUGGCAUUGAAUUAUUGAAAUCUGACACUGGGACGGAUUCCAAAAACCCGUCAAACAAAUCUGAUGAGCCAGCAGCAGUAGCUACGUCGUCAUCGUCAUCCCUUCUCCUCACAGCACACAAACCUGUGGCUCGGAGUUCUUCAUCCAACCCACGCCUCGAACUUGGACCUUCCCCUUCAUCCCCCGUCCCGCAAAAGAGGUCCAUUUCCGCUUCCGUCUGCACCGCCAACCUUCCCCCCGAACAACAUCCGGGCAGAUUGUUCUCCAAGAACCCAAACCUACACAAAACCUCCGCCGUGAUUACUCCCCCUCCACCAGCCACAGUCCCCCCAACGCCGACAGUUAGCAGCACAAUCCCAAACUCAGCCCCGAAUCUCACCACGCCAGGAAGCGUUCCCCCGGGAGGAAAAAAACCACUGUCCCGCGUCCUAAAGUCCUCCCCAGGAAAUCUCGUCCCUCCCACGCCCACCACUCCCACCGUGGAACAGGCGGUGACUCCAGGGACCCCGAGUUCACCACGGACCGGACUUCGUGCCGCUUUUUGCCGUGGUCUCUCCAUCGAUCCAACCGCACGGAGGAGAGAUUCCGCCAUUUCGAAUCACGCCCCUGCCGACAACAAUAACAAAUCCUCUGACUGGAGACGAGGAAGCAGUGCGUUCUACUCCCGAUUUGGUGGUGGUGGUCAUCAGCCCCUGAGUCAGAUGAAUUCGUCGUCCUCCUCCCACAAUUCUUAUCAGAGUAGGAGCGGGCGGAAUGGGGGCGGGGGUGCGGCCGGGUUGGCUGGAAAGGGCGAACCUCUCCCGUGGUGUGGAUGUUGGGGAAAUGGAUGCAUUUAAUAGAAGGAGAGGAGAGUAGCUUAAUUAAUACUCAAGCAAGUUGGUUAGUUAGUUCAACUAUAUAUUUUCGAUACUUAAUGAAUUGUUAUUUAUUACUACACAAAUGCAUCAUCGAAUAGAAUAAAGUAUAAAAUUGUCAGAAAA